GGAGUGCGUGGGCAUGCCUCGCCGAGAGGGUUGGGGGGAGAACAGUGGUAGGAGGAAGGGAGCUGGGCAGGGACGAGGAGGAUACGAGGAGGGGUGGGGGAGGAGGAUAUGAAGAGGGGCGAGGCGAGGAGAGGGGAUCGGGGGCAAGGUGCGAGGGGAAGGUGCAAGAGAAGUGCCUGCGCAGGCAACGGUACACCCGGUGUUUGCUAGUAUGUGUGCGCCCCUCCCCCCACCCUCACCCUUGUCCUCGCCACCUUCUCCGUGCGCAUCAUGGGCACGCAUCGCGCUGCCUUCCCCGCCCCCUCUAUUGCGCUCGAUCAACGCGAUCCUACGCGCAUCGAGCACGCUCAUCACCCUCCUUUCCGCUCCCCUCUCACGCUGUCGUGCGCGCUACCGAGCCCUAGCGGCGCGUUGAGCGCGAGUGAGAUUUCUCACUCGUGCUCUUGUGCUUUUUACUUUCCCCCCUUCCCUCCCCCUUACCUACUCUCUAGAAUAUGUAUGCACUUUGAAUAAAUGUUUAGAUUACUAUUUCUUACAUUUUGAUGCAUAAUUCAGCAGCGACGGCGCGCACGACACGUUGUCGGUAAGGCGCGCAUCACGGCAUGAGCCG